AUGCAGGCAUACCUUGAAUAUGAGAAGCCAGGCGAGUACGGCGACGAGAAGAGGGGGCAGUUCGCAUUUGAUCUGAAGGGGCAGCAGGGCCGCAGCGGCCCCCUAGCGGACACGCAGGCUGCGCUGGCAGAGCAGGUCCAGGCGCUGUCGCCCGGCGACUGGGUCUGGCUAAGCUGGGUGCACGAGUAUGUCCACGACGGCGGCUCGUCGUUCCCGGAACGCCCCGUGACUGCUAUGCAGCCCAUCAGUCCAGAGGAAGGGCAGGCGCUUGCUGCCGCUAGCAAGGCGGCAUAA